GCAACGCGCGCAUACCGCGCAUUCUUCAGAGCAGCUAGAGCUCCGCCCGCCGCCGCGCGCUCUAUCAAAGUCCCCCGAUUAACGGCAGAUGCAGCAGAAGUAGCGGAUAAUGGAGAAGAUCCGGCUAAUUGCUCUCUACAUUGUGCUCAUGACAGCGGCACUGGAUGCUGAAGCAUCAGCAGGACCACAGCACAAAGUCAGACAGAAGAGAGAAUGGAUUAUUCCACCACGCAAACUGAAGGAAAAUGUCAAUUAUAUGGAUCUGGAAUACAUCGCCAAAAUCCGAUCAGAUGAGGAGACCAGGACCACGAUACGAUAUUCUUUGACUGGACCAGGGGCCGAUCGGGACCCAGUCAACUUGUUUACUGUUGGACGUGAGGAUGGCUUGGUCAAAAUCCAUGGAGUGUUAGACAGAGAGAAAACACCCACUUACCACCUUCGAGGGGUGGCCAAGUUUCUGAAUGGCAGUUACGCUGAGAAAGACAUUGACUUAAGGAUAGUGGUGCUGGAUGAGAAUGAUUGUCCUCCUGUAUUUAACAUUCAGCUGAGUGGAGCCAUUCAUGAGCUCAGUGCACAAGACACGUUUGUAAUCACCAUUACAGCAACAGAUGCAGAUGAGCCAGGAACACUGCAUUCCAAAAUUGCCUACAGUAUCGUUGAACAGAGUCAUGCUAACAUGUUCUACAUUAAUAGAGAGACUGGUGGGAUAUAUGUCAAGUACAACUCACUCGACAGAGAGAAACAAGACACAUACACGCUGACCAUUAAAGGGACGGAUAUGCACGGAGCUCCAAACGGAAAGACAGGAAUGGGGAAAGUUGUCAUCAGUAUACUUGACGUCAAUGACAACAUUCCUACUUUGGAGAAAAACUCUUAUGAGUGCAGUGUUGAGGAAAACACUAAGAAUGUGGAAGUGGUGAGAAUUCAAGCGAUUGAUGCUGAUCUCAUCCAUACUGACAACUGGCUGGCUGUCUUUAGCAUUAUUUCAGGAAAUGAGGGCGGUUAUUUCUUCAUAACCACAGAUGUCAACACCAAUGAAGGCAUCCUCAUGCUCAUUAAGGAAGUGGACUAUGAAGAACUGAAGCAAAUCAACCUGAUGGUAUCUGUCUCAAACAAGGCUGAAUAUCACUCAUCAGUGAUCAUAACAGAACGCACAUUCUAUCCCAUCAGAGUGAGCGUGAUCAAUCAACCCGAGGGCCCACGCUUCAAACCUGCAAUCAAAGUCAUCACCAUCUCUGAAGACAAGACCUCUAUCGACAUCACCAAAGUCAUCAACAACUACGUUGCCAUUGACAGUGACACACUGCAGAUUGCUACUAAUGUGAUGUAUGCAAAGGGACAAGACAUUGACAACUGGCUGCGUGUAGAUGCACACACGGCGGAUAUAAGACUCAAUAAAAUCCCAGAUUAUGAGUCCAAGUUUGUCAUCAAUGGUACAUAUUCCGCUCAGAUUAUCUGCAUCACCAAAGAUUACCCAGCUAAAACUGCUACAGGCACCAUAGCCAUUCAGGUGGAGGACUUUAAUGACCACUGUCCCAUCCUAAGCAGUGCGUCUCAAACUCUGUGCUACAAAGAGCAUGUGCUGUAUAUCACUGCUGUGGACAGAGAUCAUUUCCCCAAUGCCGCACCCUUUGAAUUCAAAGUGAACACUAAGAGCACACUGCAGUCAUGGAGCGUCGAGCACCUCAACGACACUACAGCGAUCUUGCGCUCUCACGAGAUGCUGUGGCCGGGCCAGUACCGUGUGUUUGUGGAGGUGCGGGACCAGCAGGGGAAGUUCUGCGCUGGUCAGGUACUUCAGGUAGAUGUCUGCACAUGUGACGUGACUAAAGUUUGUCUAAGAGAGCGGGAGACUAGAUUUGGAGCAUCUGGUGUACUUCUAAUGCUGCUGGGACUGUUGCUCCUCCUGUUGGUGCCUCUCCUGCUCAUAUUCUGUCUUUGUGGUGGCAUGGCGACUGCAGCAGAUUUCAAGAGCAUUCCUUUUGAUGCUAAAGAGCAUCUCAUUGUAUAUAACACUGAAGGACAGGGAGAGGACAAGGAGAUGGCCCUGUUAAAGAUGUAUAAAGAGCCAGAUCACCUCAAGCACAGUAAAGUGGACACUGUGACUGGAGCUCAGAAAUGGACUGAUGGAGUAGAUGGUGCUGCAGGAGCACUGGACUCCCAUCGGUCCUCUUUCUACUGGUAUGACCUGCAUGGUAAAACAUACCAUCAUGCGCAUCAGCAGAAUGGGAAGUACAUAUAUACACAAGGAAAAGAUGAACACAUGAAGGGGAGCUUUGAAGGGCACAACGCCUAUGAGGGGCUCACACUAUCUGAUGAUUUCUUAGCCAGCUACUAUUCUCAAAAGGCAAGUUAUGUGUCUAAGAAGCACGAUUUGGAAGACUGUCUGCGAGUGUAUGACUACGAGGGUGAGGAGGAAUCUUGCAUGGGCUCGUUUGAAGACAUCUGUAGUCUCAUGCAUGAGGGAGACAACCUUGCCUUUCUGAAUGACCUUGACCUGAAGUUCAAGACUCUGGCUGAGAUCUGCUCUGGCUCCAUAAUGGAGACUGAAAUUAGCUCAAGCCUCCAGGUGACCUCCAAACCUGUGCUUCCCACCACACACAUUGAUGUCAGCAAACAAGGGGCAGUUAGUAAAGUACACUCUCAGGAAACAGUCUCGUCCUCCAUCAUUCAUGCUUCAGGAGCAAAGCAGGCAAGUGGAGUGUCUUCUUCAGGAGUCUACAUCCAGGAAAAGGUGGUGGUUCCCAACACGAACCUGCUAGUCCAGCAGCCUGCACUAUACUACACCACUACCGCCCCGGUUUAUGUGCUGGAUUCCCACCCUGCCCUGGUGGUAAAUGCCACACCAGUCCUGGGCAUAGAAGAGAGCAUGCUGCUAGAGGGGCAGAAUUCUAAUGCUGCCCAGUGUAGUGCUACCAAACAUGAAAUGAAGCAGUACCAGAGUGUAGUCUUUGUUGAGAGGCAGCAGACAACAGGAAGUGUGCAGGCACAGGGUGGUGUCUUGGGAGCGCUGCAGAUUGAGUCUGAAAAUAUGCAGUCCACAGAAGCUCAUGGCAUUGGACGGACACUCUAUCCCACCAGCAGAGUGAUGUCAGCAGGGCUCCAAGACAGGAAGUAGAGGAAGUGUGUUGAUCUUUUGAUAUUGUGGAUAUGGAGUCUGUAAACAGCCUCAUGAAGUCACAGUCUGUUUGAACUCACACAGUUCCAAGCAGGACUGAUAUGUCUAUCCACUCCAGCGAGUUUAUCCUGUUUUCCUCUGUGCCUGCCCACUCUAGAUUUUUCUCAAUAAUGUAAAAAAAAAGAAAAGUAUUUAAUAACAAGCAGAAUUUUUGUCAGUAAGUCAGAUAAAUUAAAUCUCAAAAAGCAGAUGACCGCUUCUUUCACAGCUAAAGCUGAAGUGUUGUUUCUGCACUACAAGUGAAUUGCAACAAUAAUAAUUGUCUCAGAUAGAUUUCCUGAACAUUAAUUUUCUAGAACGUUCACACUCUAUUCCGUUCCUAACGUUCCUCUACCUUCAACCUCCACCUGAUCUGUUGAAAGCAUCACAUUCAACUACGUUCACACAGCAGCUGAAAGUGGCCCAAAUCUGAUUUUUUCACUGACAUGUGAGACAGAUCUGUUAAUUGGAUGACAAUGUAAACAGACUAAAGCACUUGAAUCAGACAUUUUUAUAUCCGAUCUGGGCCACUUUCAUAUGUGGAAAUAAAUCAGAUACAUAUCCUAUUUUAUUCCAAUGUGUCUUCAGUGUGAACAGCCAGGUCAGAUUUAAUGUGAUUUUUACAUCAAUCUAACUAACAUUUGUCAUUUGUGCAUUUGAUUUCCAUUAUAUAUAGGGGUGUUAUGGUUUAAAACUUAUAAUUGCGAGUCAUAUCUUUUCGAGUUAAUGCUUUCAUUUAUUUUUUGAGGAAAUAAAAUAAAAUUGAAGGCUCAACAGUUGGGUUCAGUGAUUCGUUUGGCCUACAUAUAGUCAAAUAUGAGCAUGAAAAGAUGCAGAGAUAGAUUUAUGUAAGUGCUCUACUCAUGUCACUCAGUUUCUGUAUUUCUCAAACUGCAUCAAAACGUGAAUGCAAGCAAGUCAGUGGAAAUCUGAAAUAAUUAUAGACAACAACUCUUCAACUCUUCAUACCAACAACAACUCUUCUUUUUUCUUGCUGUCCUACUACUACGAAACACACUAUGGUGUGUUUCGCUCUUAAGUAAUAUCACACUCUGAUAAUUAAAUUGCACCAUACGAAAGCAAAUUACUUUAUUUAAAAAUAUUUAUCCAUCAAGACGGCCUUUUGCCAUCACUUGCUGAAAUAUUAUUAAAUAGCCAUUAAGUGUCCUAUCCGCUUAAAGUUGCACUUAAUAAUUUUUUUCUCAUUAAAGAAGUUUUCCUCCUAAAUAAAUUAAUUGUAAUUGUAAAACAUAUGUAUACAACCAAGACCACUCACAAGAGAUGGAGACUCCAGUCAUAUCAGUAACCUUGUCUAACAAAGACAAUAGUUAUUAAUCUUACAGUUCUUACAAAAAAUCGUUGUUUAAACACUGACCCUUAACACUUACUUAGUUUAAUAAUUUUAAACCAUGACUUGCACUAUACAUAAGUAAUAUUGGCAUUAUAUUCAUGAUGUUAGCCAGAGGGGAACUGGCCCCACAGUGAGCCUGGUGUCUCCCAAGGUUAUUUUCCUCCAUUAACCAACAUCUUAUGGAGUUUUGUGUUCCUUGCCACAGUCGCUUUCGGCUUGCUCACUGGGUUUCUAAAUACAAUUAUUAUUUAAUUACUUAUUUUUAAACACAGUUCACAAUCGUAUUUUAUCAAACUGCACAGUUUCAUUUUCUGUUAAUGCAUGAUUUUCUGUAAAGCUGCUUUGAAACGAUGUGUUUUGAAAGGCGCUAUACAAAUAAAAAUGACUUGACUUAUAAAAGCUGUUUUAUUUUACAUGGAGAGGGUCCACUCAUGGGGGCUGCCAUGUUAGGAGCACAUGACCAGCCACAUACUACUUGCUUAAUCUCCUUAAUCACCUUGUUAUUGGAUACAUUAACUCGUGGGUUAAAUUAAUCAUAGCUAACUGCGAAUUUCUACAAUCUGUAUUGAAAACUACUCUGUUUGAAUUAUGCUGCACCCAGGCCCCUAGGUGUCAGUGUAAGUCCAAGAUCACAUUUUUUUUUUUUUUUUUUUUUAAGUUAAAAAACAAAACAAAAGAGUGCACCUACAUUUUAAAUACUUUAGAUUAUAUAGAUUAUUCAUAUGAUAAUAUUGAACAUGCAGAGUUUGAUGCACAUGCUCAAGGAGUGUUAUACACAUGUGGGUCAGUCAACAAGUGUUGGCUGUUCAGACCAGUAUCUGAUAUGGGCUACUUUUAAAAUGUCAUGUGAACAACCUUUUGAUUUUAGCAGAAAAUCUGAUUUGGGUCACAUUCAGGUGCGGUGUGAAUGUAGCAGAAAAGACUGAAGACACACCUCUUCCAUGACCACUUUACUAAACCAUUCCCAGGAAUCUAUCAAGGCAUUUUCUCAUAUAUUACCAUUAAAAGUAAGAAAAAAAGAAAAAAAAGAGUACACUUCUGUUCUGCACUUUCACUCAAGCUGUGUACUUACUAUGGUAUAGAAUUUAAAUUCAGUGCAGUGAUAAUAUUGUUGCUCCUUAUUGAUCAGUCACUUGUUUUUCCUCAUUUGUUAGUUGCCUUGUAUAAAAGCAUCUGCUUAAUGAACAUGAUUGUCUGAUGUUCUGGCACCAUAAAAAUAAAGGCUGUAAUGAUCAUCCUUCAA